CAAGGUGAAACACUGAGAAUCGCCCAGGCCAAAGCGUUGUUAUUUCAAUGCAAAGAGUCGAUAGAGAAAGUUUGCAUCUCGUGUAGACAUAUUAUGAGGUCUUUUGGUCGGAAAUUGAAUUCCUCGUUCUUUGUGGACUGGCUUGUUUAGCUUAAUGCUACGUCGCUAGCAUCAAGAACAAAGAACAGGCCUAGAGCGAUUAGUCAUGCGCCAUUCACUCUCUACGCAUUGCUUUGUUUUUUUCCUUUUGAACUGAGCUGGGCUUUUUUUGUUUUUUUGUUUUCUCUCGACAUCUUUUCAAAUCUCUCUUGUCUUUAUCGUUGACUGUCAAUUGAUGGCGAUUUUUUCCGACUACAAUUGAUACUCGAGCGUGCGGGAUACUCUGGCAACCGACAAUGAUGGACCUCAAUGAGGAGCAGGGAAUAGGACUUAUCGGGGGUCAACAGACAAAAAGAUCCACCGGAGAUGUCGAUUCUCAUCGCAAUCCCGCCCGGCUCUGGAAAUAUUCCACCUAUGGUCUAGGCCUGUUUUCCUUUCUCCAGUUCUGCGUGAUUCUUUGGCUGUCUUUCCCUCGUCCAAGCCAGUCGACAUACGAAUCCGGUUUCUCGACUGACAUGGAUGAUGCCAAAUCGUCAAUCUUUCUUGAGCAAGUUCGUUUCACCAAUGCCAUCAGAGCAGACGAGAAUGGCUUCCUGUACCAGGUCAACAACCCAAAUGAUCCUGUCUAUACCGGCCCCCCGUCCAAAGAGAUCGAUGACAAUUGGGAUGCGCUCACUGCAGGACGCUAUAUCAUGCUAGACGAGUCAGAGGUUUCACAGUUCGAUAAAGAUCAGUAUUCCCUGCCUCUAAAACCGUUGCCCAAGGUUAAGGGUUAUGUCGAGUCGCCUGGGGUCUAUGGUGGGAUUGACGUGAUGCAUUCACUUCAUUGCGUCAAUGCGUUGAGAAAGAUGCUUUAUCCCGACCAUUAUAAAGAUCAUUCUUUCCCCAUGGAGUACAUGCAGAUGCAUCUUGACCACUGUAUAGAUCAACUGCGUCAGUCAGUCAUGUGCUCUGGCGACAUGACCCCAGUCACAUUGCGGCCGGUUUAUUUAAAUGGAAGUGAGCAUUAUCAUUUCGCUCUUCUGGGAGAAACUGAACGGAAGCACACCUGCCGGAAUUACAAGGUGCUUCAGGACUGGGUGAAGACCAGAGGAUCAAACAACCGCCACGUUGCGGGUCACGGAUGAAUGCUUGCUGCAAUAUUGAUGCCAUACUGUCCUGCUGUUUUACCCCUACAGCUGUUUUGCUUUUGGUUUUGAAACACGUGGUUCUUGUCUUUGGAGUCACUGGAGUGGUUUCUUCCGUCCGAAUAAUGUUCUUCUUCCGACUCC